CCCAAAAAUAGUCGAAGGGAAGUCGGCACGAGAGAGCCCCUUCGCUUCAGUUUUGUUAUCUCGUUGCAAAAUGGCCUCGUUGUGCGGGCGAACUAUUUUCCAACUAACACGUCGUACAUUCUCAACAGCCACUGUUCUCAGUGCUAAGAAGAGCCUUCCUGAUCCUAUCGAUCUUUCCACUGGAUUGGAGAAACAGGAGAUUCUGUCCCGUCAGGCUGGAAAUGAUGAUCCCUUCAUGAUGAAAGCGUUAAAACGUGCUGCUGGCACUAAGGACGCACCAAAUUUAGUACCGAGUGCAUUCGAGAGUCGAAUGAUUGGCUGUGUCUGCGAGGAGGACUCAACCCAUAUUGUUUGGAUGUGGCUGCACGAGGGUCAACCGAGACGAUGUGAAUGUGGGCACUGGUUCAAAAUUCAGAGGAAACAACCAGUUCCUGUCCCCGAAAAAUUCAUGGAUUAAACAUUUGAUCCCAAUAAAAAACAAAACCAAGUUAAUUAAUAAGCUGCGAUAAAAGUGAAACAGCAAUUAAAUUUGAAAACAAAAAACCGAAGAAAAUUUGGCAUAAGUUAGUCGAUUGUUUGCAGUUACCUAGAAAUAAUCUUACAUUAUAAAUUAAUGUUGGAGACUGGAAUUCAUUUGCUAUCACUGUCCGAAUCCUCAAAACAUUUUCCUCCUCUUCAGUUGAGCAUCGAACGGGUCAUUAUUCCCACCGGCAGCACAACAUCAAAAUCGAACAACAAAAGGAGAGAGGAAGAGAUUAAACAGGCAACUAGCAAAAGCAAGAUGAGUCGAAAUGUUUAAAUGUAAAUAAAUAAACCAACGUUAUGCUUACAAAACGA